AUGAGUUCAGACGCAGUUAAAGAUGGUAGUGCUGAGUUCAGUGCCUACCACACACUCACCGCAGAAGAAGUGGCAGAAUUUAUAGGUACAAACUUAACCAAUGGUCUCACCGAGGAUGAGUUUAAAGAAAGAACGAAAACAGUGGGUGAAAACACGCUGGGCGAUGAUAGCAAGAUCGAUUAUAAAGCGAUGGUUAUCCACCAACUUUGCAACGCAAUGAUUAUGGUUCUGUUGAUAUCUAUGGUCAUCUCCUUUGCCAUGCACGACUGGAUCACCGGUGGUGUUAUCACAGCUGUUGUCGCGGUCAACGUCGGUAUCGGCUUAGUUCAAGAAUAUAAAGCUACGAAGACAAUGAACUCUUUGAAAACAUUGAGCUCUCCCAAUGCACAUAUUAUCAGAAACGGGAAAAGUGAAACCGUGAAUUCAAAAACUGUAGUUCCUGGUGACAUUUGUCUUGUUAAAGUAGGUGACACCAUUCCUGCUGAUUUGCGGUUGAUUGAAACUAAGAAUUUCGAUACUGACGAAUCCUUGCUAACCGGUGAGUCUCUACCGGUAUCCAAAGAUGCCGCUUUGGUUUUUGGUAAGGAAGAUGAGACUUCCGUAGGUGACCGUUUAAAUUUAGCAUUUUCUUCUUCCACUGUGGUCAAAGGAAGAGCCAAAGGUAUCGUCAUCAAGACAGGUUUGAAUAGUGAAAUUGGUAAAAUCGCGAAGUCAUUGCAAGGCGGUACGGGUCUCAUCUCCCACGACCCCAGUAAAUCCUGGCUACAAAAUGGAUGGGUAUCCACUAGGAGAGUCAUUGGCGCGUUUUUAGGUACUACAGUCGGCACCCCCUUGCAUCGAAAGCUAUCCAAAUUGGCAGUGCUGCUUUUUGGGAUUGCCGUGCUUUUUGCAAUCAUUGUCAUGGCCUCUCAAAAGUUUAAUGUUGAUAGAAACAUAGCUGUCUAUGCCAUCUGUGUGGCCCUGUCCAUGAUUCCUUCUUCUUUGGUCGUAGUUUUGACAAUCACUAUGUCCGUUGGGGCAACUGUAAUGGUCACUAGACAUGUCAUUGUCAGAAAGUUAGACUCUUUAGAAGCUUUAGGUGCUGUUAAUGAUAUCUGCUCUGAUAAGACUGGUACUUUGACUCAGGGGAAAAUGCUGGCAAGACAGAUCUGGAUCCCCUCCUUUGGUACUAUUACUAUUUCAAACACUAGUGAUCCGUUUGACCCUAGCCAAGGCGAUGUGAAUUUGAUACCAAAGCUAUCGCCUUAUGAAUACUCCCAUGACGAUGACGGUGACGUCGGAAUUCUUCAACAUUUCAAGCAACGUCUGUACGAUAAAGAUUUACCUGAAGAAAUAGACAUGGAUCUGUUUCAACGUUGGCUGGAGACAGCAACUUUAGCUAAUAUCGCUACCGUUUUCAAAGAUGAAGAGACUGAUACCUGGAAGGCACAUGGUGAUCCAACAGAGAUUGCAAUUCAAGUCUUCACUACCAAGAUGGACUUGCCUCGUAGCAUCCUUACUGGUGAAACAUCCACCACCCAAGAAGGUGACAAGUGCCAAUCUUCUUCAAACGACAUUGAAAAGCCCGGUUAUGUCCAAUUCGAGCAUAUUGCGGAGUUUCCGUUUGAUUCAACCAUCAAGAGAAUGUCGUCCAUCUAUUUUAACAAUCACAACGAUACGUACAACGUUUAUGCCAAGGGUGCAUUUGAAAGUGUUAUCAGCAGUUGUAGCCAUUGGUAUGGAAACGAUGGCUCGAAAAUUACACCAUUGACCGACCAUGACAUCGAAACUAUAAGGAAAAACGUUUAUAGUUUAUCGAAUGAAGGUUUAAGGGUUUUAGGUUUUGCUUCCAAAUCGUUUACAAAAGAUCAAUUAAUUCACGACCAACUGGCAAACAUAACUUCGGACAGAGCCACUGCAGAAAGUGAUCUUGUCUUUUUAGGUUUAAUCGGUAUCUAUGAUCCGCCAAGAAAUGAGACUGCCGGUGCAGUUAAAAAAUUCCAUCAAGCUGGUAUCAAUGUUCACAUGUUAACUGGUGAUUUUGUUGGUACGGCCAAAGCCAUUGCCCAAGAAGUGGGUAUUUUGCCAACUAACUUAUACCACUAUUCUCAAGAAAUCGUUGACAGUAUGGUCAUGACUGGAUUUCAAUUUGAUGCAUUAAGUGAAGACGAAGUUGAUGACCUGCCCGUUCUUCCUCUAGUUAUUGCCCGUUGCUCUCCACAAACAAAAGUCAGAAUGAUUGAAGCUUUACACCGUAGAAAGAAAUUCUGUGCCAUGACUGGUGAUGGUGUUAACGAUUCUCCAUCUUUGAAAAUGGCGAAUGUCGGUAUUGCUAUGGGUAUCAACGGCUCAGAUGUCUCAAAAGAAGCAUCCGAUAUUGUUUUAAGUGAUGACAAUUUUGCUUCCAUUUUGAAUGCCGUUGAAGAAGGUCGUAGAAUGACGGAUAAUAUCCAGAAAUUUGUUUUACAAUUGUUGGCAGAAAACGUUGCUCAGGCAUUGUUUUUGAUCAUUGGGUUAGUGUUUCAAGAUGAAAACGGUAGAUCGGUCUUCCCUCUAUCGCCAGUCGAAGUUUUAUGGGUCAUUGUCGUUACUUCUUGUUUCCCUGCUAUGGGAUUAGGUUUAGAAAAGGCAGCCCCAGACUUGAUGGAUAGACCUCCCAAUGAUUCAGAAAUGGGUAUUUUCACUUGGGAAGUUAUUAUUGAUACAUUCGCAUAUGGAUUCAUAAUGGCGGGUGCUUGUAUGGCAUCAUUCACUGCAUCCCUUUAUGGUAUUAACAAUGGUACAUUGGGACACGGUUGUGAUGGUUCCUACAGUAGUAUUUGUCAUGACGUUUAUAGAUCACGUUCAGCAGCAUUCGCAACCAUGACAUGGUGUGCCUUAAUUCUCGCCUGGGAAGUGGUCGAUAUGAGAAGGUCAUUCUUUAGAAUGCAUCCAGAUACUGACAGUCCCGUGAAAGAAUUCUUCAAGGGCAUUUGGGAUAACCAAUUUUUGUUCUGGUCAAUUAUAUUUGGAUUUGUUUCAACCUUCCCUGUCGUCUAUAUUCCAGUCAUUAAUGACAAAGUAUUUUUGCACAAACCAAUUGGUGCAGAGUGGGGCCUCGCCAUUGCAUUCACGCUAGCUUUCUGGGUAGGCGCUGAACUUUACAAAUAUGGGAAGAGGUGCUAUUUCAAAACUCAAAAGGCCCACAAUCCAGAAAACGAUUUGGAGCGUAGCAAUAAACGUGAUCCAUUCGAAGCAUACAGCACGUCCACUACGAUCCAAAGUGAGCUUAACAUCAGUAUUAAGCAAUAA